GUAAGGUAGUUCUUAUUUAUGACCUCAGAGCAAGGAGCUGGCUUGAGGGCAGUCGUGGGCCGAAGUGAGAGUGGAGGUUAAAGGUGGCGAGAUAGCUGCUGUUGACUUUGCAACUGCCACUUGAAACAUGGAACAAAACAGGUGAGAACUGCUAGACUUUGAUUAGGGGGCCAAGCACUUUGAGGUUCCACUUAAGCAGAGGUGUUCAGAUUUUCCAAAACCCAAAAAAACCAUCUGGAAAGGAUUGAAAAACCUUCCAGAAGGUAAGCAAAGUCCAGCACUCUUCAGGAGGGUAUCCCGACCUGGAUCAGACCACCGGGGGACAUUUUAUGUGAUACAGAUCUUCAUCAAGUAUUCACCCUGGAGCCAUCGUUACUGGACAAAGAGGAGGGACAGACGCUGGUUCCAAUGGAGCCCAACAUCUCGGGGACUUUCCUCUUCAACAACAGCCUGAACCAGUUCCCCUCGGACAUCAAGGCACCCAUGUGCCAGUACUCCGUGUCCAACACCUUCUACAAGCUCAGCCCUGCUAACCUCAACGCCCAGCUGCAGGCGGGCACCCCCCACGGCAUUAGCGACAUCCUGAGUCGCUCCAUGGUGGGAUCCCCCACAAACACCAGCCUGAUCCCGGGAUACUCCACCAUGGGCGGCUUUGGGACGGCCAUGCCAAGCCCGGGCGUGUAUUAUAACAGGGAUUACACCCCUGCAGGGAUGGCCACUUUUCCCAAAACCAGCACCGAGUGCCCAGGCAUGAAAGCACGAAGCAGCUGCUGGGCUGAUGGAGGGUACGACUGGAGAGGAGGAAGACAACAGUGUGGCAACUCAGACAGCGGACAUGCUGCAGAGACAGCGGGCAGAAAGAAACACACCCGGCCCACGUUCAGUGGACACCAGAUCUUCGCCCUGGAGAAAACCUUCGAGCAGACCAAGUACUUAGCAGGACCAGAGAGAGCCAGACUGGCGUAUUCACUGGGCAUGACCGAGUCACAGGUCAAAGUGUGGUUCCAGAACCGGCGUACGAAGUGGCGUAAGAAGAGCGCGUCUGAGCCGAGCUCCACGCAGGCCAGCCGGGCGGAGAGCGGCCGGGACGGCUCGGAAAACGAGCUGGAGGACGAGGAGUACAACAAACCGCUGGACCCCGACUCGGACGAUGAGAAGAUCCGUCUGCUGCUGCGCAAACACCGCAGAGCUUUCUCUGUGCUGCGUCUGGGACCCCACCACGUCUGAUACAACACAAACACACACACACACACACACACACACACAUAUAUGCCACAGUGUUUACCAGAGGUGGGUAGAGUAUCCUGGAAACAAGUACAGGAGCUGUGUUUUUCAAUGCAGUGACUUUGCACUGAAGAAAGUGAUGAGUUUACUUGAUUCAUUUCCACUGGAAUAAAAUAGAACAAUCCGUUUGCCACUUUCUGGCAGCAGCUGUGUUGAUGUGAUAUAUUUCAUUCAUGUGGUAAUGAAUGAAUCACUUUAGUAGCAAAAUAGCAAAAAUCAGAAGUAUCAGGUCCACAAACUGCUUGUAUUAUAACCCGGCAUAUUAGGAACUGAAGCUUGUUUGUCUCCUCUUGUUGGGAUCAUUUUGGUUUGAAUUAAAAUGCUAAAGCUUGAAAGGAGCAACAGCAAAGCAGUCUAGAGCUGAACCACCAUAACAGAAUGAACUUAAACAGAAAAAAAGAAAUUAGUAACUAAAUGUGAAGAACUAAACUGUACCUGAGUAAAAUGUAGAUUCCUUUACAAAUAGAGUCAGAGUACUUAAGUACAUGUAAUUUGUAGUAUUUGGUUACUACCCACCUCUGGUGUUUACAUUAGUACAGUGUACUGUGCAAAUGUCAGAGACCGCCCAUCAUUCAAGUUCCAAUCAAAAUCAGAAAAUAAAACAGAAGCCUCAACAACUAAAUAGAUUUUGUUCCAGUAUUUAGUAUAUUCAUCCUCUGCCUUUAUUACAGCUACGAUUCUUUUCAAGAGACUCGCUUUCAGCUUUCAGAAAUCUGCAGGAAUAUUUUUCAAUCUUAGAGUUGAGUUCAGUCUUAGUUGGUUGGUUGCAUUUUCUUUUUUUCACAAUUCAGGAUUCAAGGGUGGUCAUUGUUCUUUGCAAAUAUUCCUCCUUUUUUGUCUAGUUUCUUUUCUCAGUAACAGCUUCUUGACAGCUACACAUCCUUUCAGAACCAUAGUGCUGAGUUGUGUUCUCACAGUGAAAGGAUGGACAGAAACAGCUGUGGAUUUUUUCAGGUCUGAAGCAAGAGCGGAGCUUGAUUUUCUCAUAGAUGAAAGCUUUAAGAGUUUAUCUGAUGAGGACAGUUUUGGUAUCUACCAGGGCUGCAUUCAGCCCAGACAAAACAUUUGCUUUUACCGAUGGUGGUGUGUUGAAUACUCUAUUGUGUUGUGCAAGCAUUGCAACUGCGGCAGCUAAGAAGGCCAUUCUUGGCAUCGUUUUUCGAAGAAUUUUCAGAGGCUAAUGAAAUACAUUUAAAUAUGUGUUUAAUACGUCAAAAUACAUCCACAAUACAUCUUCAGUUGUUGCGUACACCAAGCUGCAGUGGCCGCAUUUGUAGAGGACUUUAUUAGAAUCCAUAGUGCGCAUUUCCUUCUCAAUACGGCAGGGUUUAUAUACAUGUCUGCUGAUUGGGUAACUCCUCUGACACACCCAUCGAAGAGAGAAAACGUACCUUAAGGCCCGUCACUCAACAUAUUGCACCAUUUUGACGAAACAUGGUGUUCAGCCCGGAAACUAUAGCAAGAUAGUGCCAACGUUCUGAGAUAGAACGAGCCCCAGGUCUAACAAGGCUGCCCCCUUUUCUCUCUAUCAUUUGGUCAUUUUAUCUUUUAGUGAGUUCCAGUUUUGGAAACCACUGUUUUUUGUGCAUGUGGAUUAUCUUGUGUCUACUAUUGAGAAACAUCUGAAACAGGAAAAACGUACAUUAUGGCCGUCUUGAGUGGAAAUGAAAUAAAUGAAGGGUGGUCUCUGACUUCACCCUGUACUUCAAAUUCAGCAGUGAUAUCUUUUCAUACACUAACCUUCCUUUGUGACUCGAGGAAGUCUGAGUCUGAUAUUAACACUGCACUGUAUCCCAUACACUCUCAUUUCUAGUACUUCUUGUUUCAGCCCUACAUCUAUGUACAUAAUUUCCAAGAAUAUGUCUAUUAUUUAUUGAAUUUGAGAGGCUCUUCAACAUGUCCUUAGAACAGUGACUCUUUCGUCACAGAUAUGUAUGAAAAUGUUAAGCACGUCUCGGUUAUG